AUGGAGACGAGCCAGCGCUGCAGGCGCUCGUUGGUCCACACGAGCACGUCGCGGUUGGCGAGCUCGGCGGAGCGGCGCCGCUCGACUCAGCUAGGCGAGUGUCAGGGUGGGGGUGGGGUGUACCUUGAGGUUGAUGGAGACGAGCCAGCGCUGCAGGCGCUCGUUGGUCCACACGAGCACGUCGCGGUUGGCGAGCUCGGCGGAGCGGCGCCGCUCGACUCAGCUAGGCGAGUGUCAGGGUGGGGGUGGGGUGUACCUUGA